AUGAUGACAAACCAGAAGCACCUUCUAUCUUUCUUCUUCAUUCUUUCGUUGGCCGGGCUUGGGAGUAUCCAGCUUUCAAUGGCAAAGGAGGUGAUACGAAUACCAGUUGGGGUAGUUCUUGACUUGAAUUCCUCUGUUGGAGCGAUUGCAGAGAGCUAUAUGACCAUGGCACUCUCAGAUUUUUAUGCUAAGCAUGCUCAUUAUCGAACAAGGCUUGAUCUUCGCACCCGGGAUUCAGCGGACGAUAUUGUUACUGCAGCAUCUGAAGCCUGGUAUAUGAUGAAGAAAGAAAAAGUGCAGGCCAUCAUUGGACCUCAAAGGUCAGCAGAAGCAAAGUUUGUGAUGGAGCUUGGCAGAAAGGCUAAGGUUCCCAUCAUUUCAUUCUCUGCCACCAGUCCCUCUCUUUCUCCAUCUCGUAGCCCAUUUUUUGUCCGGACAGCCUUUGAUGACUCUGCUCAAGUAAAAGCCAUAGCUGCCAUCAUUGAAGCUUAUAGCUGGUUGGAAGUUGUUCUCGUCUAUGAAGACACUGAUUAUGGCAAUGGUUUAAUUCCGUAUCUGGUGGACGCUAUCCAGGAGGUUGGUGCUCGAGUACCUUACAGAAGUGUCAUUCCUCCAUCUUCUAAUGAUGCUGAAAUUAGAAGGGAGAUUGGCAGGUUAAACUCAACUUCAACAAGAAUAUUUCUGGUGCAUAUGACUGCCUCCCUUGGGUCCAAAUUCUUCAUACUAGCAAAGAAGAUAGGUAUGAUGAGCGAAGGGUAUGCAUGGAUUGUUACAGAAGGGCUAUCAACUUUGUUAGAUCCUGUGAGUUCGGAAGCCAUGGAUUCAAUGGAAGGUGUGUUGGGAGUAAGGCCACAUAUACCAAUGACAAAAUGUCUUGAAGACUUCAUGAUAAGAUGGAAAAAACCAAACAAGAUGACUGCAGGCCUAAACCUCUUUGGAUUAUGGGCAUAUGAUACAGUUUGGGCACUGGCAAUGGCGGUGGAGAAAGUGGGAACAACAAGUUCUAGUUGGUCAAGGGACAGUUAG